AGCAUUUAGUUAAUGCAUUUUAUGCAGAUUCAUAAGUAGAAACUGCUGUAAUAUGUCAGGAAUACCUCCCUCAACAUGGCGACCUUCACAUGUUAUUUUUGAAACGUCAGCAGGGACGAUUGAGAUAGAACUGUACUGGAAUCAUGCACCCAAAACAUGUGCAAAUUUUGCUGAGCUGUGUAGGAGAGGCUACUACAAUAAAACAAUUUUUCAUCGUAUUAUUACAAACUUUAUGAUACAAGGAGGUGACCCAACUGGAACUGGUCGUGGAGGCUCCUCAAUUUAUGGCGGACAGUUUGAAGAUGAAUUUAGUCGCGAACUAAAACACACAGGUGCUGGUGUGCUUUCAAUGGCAAAUUCUGGCCCUAACACCAAUGGCAGCCAGUUUUUUAUCACCCUUGCUCCUACCCAGUGGUUAGAUAUGAAGCAUACUAUAUUUGGAAGGGUGAGCGGGGGUAUAAAGGUGGUAAAUCUUUUGGGAAUGGUGGAAACAAGUGCCCAAGACCGUCCUGUGCAAGAUGUGGUGGUGCGCAAUGCUUAUGCAGCAGAUGAGGGUGGUAACAGGAUUGACACUUACUAAUCAUGUUAUUGGUUAAAUAACAUUGCUAAAAACAUUUAAGUUUUUAACAUCAUAAAUAUACAGAGAUUGAAAGUUGUUCACAGUUUUUAAAAGACAAUCCAAACCCAGAGUCUAAAGAAGCCACAUAACAAACUGCUGCCAGCUGUUAAAUUAAAAUUGUGCUUGUGUUAUAAUUAGUUUAACAAAACACAAAUGUAUUUUGGUCAAAUUUAGAUCUAACUUGAAAUAUGGUUAUGGUUACCAAGAACAAUGUUAUGACUUUAUUUACCGACCUUGGUUCAUAAUUGUGUUCGGGUUUGCUCCCCUUUGUUAUUCGGGGAUUACCAUUUUAUGAAUGCCGGAUCACCUGAGGUGCCGGUCACAAAAGAAAUUGUAUGACAACCCCUGGUCUAUUGUGUUUGAGCCAACUAAUCACAUGACUCGUUUCUCAUAAGCUAAUGGUUCGGUGAUGUUCACAAUAGCGUGCUGCUUAGUGUUUGUGUUACAUUGUGCCAAUUUUUGGAAAUACCGGAAAUCAAUCAUUAUUUCUACCCCCUUUUAUAGA